CUUAAGAUCUAAUAAAGGAAAAGGAAGUGAUGGGAAAUCUAGAGAGAUGGGGAAUUCAGAAAUAAAGGAAUUCUCGGUUGCGAAACUAAUCUAACCGAUUAUAUCCAUAUGAACCCGAUAAAACAUAAUCGGAUAGUAGAUCGGGUUGACCUGAUUAUUGUUCAGCCACAAAGGGCAAACCUAAAACAUAUGAUUUUUUUUUUUUCCGAAAGAACAGCCUUGUUGAUCCACCGUCACCUUCCUUGCGGACUUCAAUAAACAUAAGUACCCCGAUUUCAAGUGAGGAUAAAUACUGUGGACAUAUAUAAAUUGACAGGAAAGCUGGGAAGAUUGUGAAAUAAAAUGAAAUAUGAUCUCAGUCACUUGCAAACCGUAGCAUCAUUUUCUUGAGUUGCGGCUAUGCCUGUAUGUUCGGCAAAAUAUUGCAUUGCUCAUCUAUGUCUCUCCAACCGUCGUUUUAUCUCUACAAGUACAGCAGAGGCUGUUGUUUUACCAUAUUUAGAAGAAUUCAAAAACCUUUGUUUUAGAGGACUCAUAAAACAAGCAUUUAACAGCUUCAAAUCAGAGAUAUGGAGAGAUCCGCAUCUCUUUUCUUGCCUUCUCCAAUCUUGCAUUCCUCAAAAGUCACUACUUGUAGCGAAACAGCUCCAUUCUUUAGUUAUAACUUCUGGGUACAAUAACGACAAGUUUGUAAGGAAUCAUCUUUUAAACCUGUAUUCAAAGAUUGGAGAAUUGCAAACUGCUAUUUCAUUGUUUAACUCAAUGCCAAAAAGAAAUAUAAUGUCGUGUAACAUCUUGAUUAAUGGGCAUAUACAGUUGGGGGAUUUGGAGAGUGCUUGUAAGGUGUUUGAUGAAAUGCCUGAAAGAAAUGUUGCUACUUGGAAUGCAAUGGUUGCUGGGUUGACUCAGUUUGAGUUCAAUGAAGAUGGGUUGGAUUUGUUUCGGGUAAUGUAUGAAUUGGGUUUUUCUCCUGAUGAAUUCACUAUAGGCAGUGUUCUUAGGGGUUGUGCAGGUUUGAGAUGUGUCCACGUUGGAAGGCAGGUUCAUGCAUAUGUGAUGAAACGUGGGUUUGAUUCCAAUUUGGUUGUUGGGAGCUCUUUGGCACAUAUGUACAUGAAAAGUGGAAAUUUGGGAGAAGGAGAGGAAGUUAUCAUAUUUAUGCCAAGUCGUAGUAUUGUAGCUUGGAAUACACUUAUUUCAGGGAAGGCACAAAAUGGGUAUUCCGAGGAAGUUCUUGAUCAGUACAACAUGAUGAGAAUGGCAGGUUUUAGACCGGACAAAAUAACUUUUGUAAGUGUCAUUAGUUCAUGUUCGGAAUUGGCAACUCUUGGUCAAGGUCAACAGAUUCAUGCUGAAGCCAUCAAAGCUGGUGCUAGUUCUGUCAUUGCAGUUAUUAGUUCAUUGAUCAGUAUGUAUUCAAGGUGUGGGUGUUUGGAAGAUUCUGUAAAAGUUUUCUUGGAAUACAAAAAUGCUGAUUCUGUAUCGUGGAGCUCCAUGAUUGCUGCUUAUGGAUUCCAUGGAAGAGGACAGGAAGCCAUCGAGCUCUUUCAACAGAUGGAGCAGCAGGAAGAUUUGGAGGCAACUGACGUAACCUUCUUAAGUUUGCUUUACGCUUGUAGUCAUUGUGGACUGAAGGAAAAAGGGAUGGAAUUUUUCAAAUUGAUGGAGAAAAAGUAUGGAUUGAAGCCUAGGCUGGAGCAUUAUACUUGUGUGGUUGACCUGCUCGGUAGGUCAGGGUGUUUGGAAGAAGCAGAAGCCAUGAUAAGAUCAAUGCCUGUGAAAGCGGAUGCUAUAAUUUGGAAAACUCUUUUAUCUGCAUGUAAGCUUCACAAAAGGACAGACAUGGCAAUACGAGUUGCUAAAGAAGUUCUUAGGCUUAAUCCUCAGGAUUCAGCCGCAUAUGUGCUUCUAGCUAACACUCAUGCUUCUGCCAAGAGUUGGCAGGUUGUUUCAGAGGUAAGGAAAGUGAUGAGAGAUAGGAAUGUGAAAAAAGAACCUGGUAUAAGUUGGGUGGAAGUAAAGAAUCAGGUUCAUCAGUUUCGCAUGGCUGAUAAACUCCAUCAUGCAAUUGAUUUAUAUUUGAAAGAGUUGAUGGAAGAGAUGAAAUUGCAUGGUUAUGUACCUGAUACCGGCUCUGUUUUGCAUGAUAUGGAUAAUGAGGAGAAAGAAUACAACUUGGUUCAUCACAGUGAAAAAUUGGCUAUAGCUUUUGCUCUAAUGAACACUCCGCCAGGUGUGCCGAUAAGAAUAAUGAAGAACUUGCGCGUCUGCAGCGACUGUCAUCUAGCUAUCAAAUUUAUAUCUGAGAUUAAAAAGAGAGAAAUUAUUGUUCGUGAUACUAGUAGAUUUCACCAUUUCAGAAAUGGGAAAUGUUCUUGUGGAGAUUACUGGUAAGAGAAACCUAAAAUGCUCUUACAGUUGAACACACUAAAUUUGUAUUUCUGUUUCAAAAUGAUAAUUGAUAUUAUUUCCAUUUGGAA